AUGUCCGACGACUCACCGCACAAACGAAAGCGCUCGCUAGGCGAUACCGGUGACCGCGACCGCGACCAGAAGAAGAUGCAUCUCGGGGAUAGCCGGUUGGGUAUUGAGGACCUGCACCUGGACGUCGGGGAGAAAUACCUUCUCUGCAGAACACCACAUCCCGAGCCUCUCACCAGGAUAGCCCAAGACCUGUACGAGAUGUGCGGCCUCACCAGCCUCGCCGCCGAAGUAGCGCGAGAGAAGCCCAACGGGGAGAAGAACGCUUUACGGAAAACAUACAAGGGUCACAUAAAGCGAUUAGGGGUAGCCGGUCAUUUCGACGUCCAGAAGAAAAAGGAAGACGCGCCCUCAGAGUUCAUGGCGAUCCUCCAAGUCCCCGAGCUGGAGUGGAACGUCCAUCAGGUCAAAGGUCGCGAAAUUACCGACGGGUUAUCCGCGACGACGCUCUCGAACCUUGGCCGUGCCAUGAACAUGUCCAAGGGGCCCAUACCCAAGCCGGUCUGGGACUCGUCGGUGCUGGGAGACUUGGCACCGUCCAGUGGCAAUGCGUCAAAACCAAUCUCUGCGAAGCCAUCAGCGCCGGGCACCCCCUUAGCUUCAACACCCAAUACGAUAGGUCGACCAAAACCUCCGAUUCUUGCUGGGCAGGACCCCAACCGGCCUCGGAGGAAUGUCAAGAAGCGAUCAUAUGGCGAUAGCAGCUUCGAAGGGUAUGGCGAAGGAUACCCCGAUGACGACGGAGGCAUGGAUACUGGAUACUCUACGGGAGAAGGCGAGGGCGGUCAAAAGCGUCGGAAAAAAGUAGGUUAUGACAGCACAAACGGCAACGAGUCACUUUCGUCUGACAUGGCCUUGAAGAACACGGCAGCGUCGCCACCUAAUGCUCUCAUGCGUCAACAAAGUUACGGCCCGGGCAUGGUCGGUGCUUGA